GCCCAAAACCAUUGAGUCUCCGGAGAAUGCUCCUGAUUCACACGUUGGAACAGGCUAUUAACUGACAGACUGACCACUGUCUAGGUGUCCUUGUACCCUGGGUGUGGAAACAAGAUGAAUAUUGGAAGGGAGCACCGACAAAGGCAAGUUCUAUUGACCUUUCUCUUACUGGGAGUGGCUGCUGCUGCGGGCUGGGAACCCCGCCGCUACUUUGUGUUGGAGGAAACACCUAGUGGCACUUUUCUGGCGGAUCUAGUCAAGGACCUAGGGCUGGGAGUUGCGGAGCUAUCUGCUCGAGGAGCCCAGGUAGUGUUUGAGGAUAACAAAGCACGCUUGCAGCUUGAUCUACAGACUGGGAAGCUAAUGUUAAAUGAAAAACUGGACCGAGAGGAGCUGUGUGGCCCCACUGAGCCCUGUGUCACUCCUUUCCAGGUGUUACUAAAAAAACCACUGGAGAUAUUUAGAGCUGAGCUACGGGUGGGAGACAUAAAUGAUCAUUCUCCUGAGUUUCCUGAAAGAGAAAUGACUGUGAGAAUCAUAGAGAACAGCCCUGUGGGCACAGCGUUUUUUCUUAAAAACGCUCAGGAUUUGGAUGUGGGCAAUAACAGCAUUCAGAACUAUAACGUUAGUACCAAUUCUCAUUUCCACGUAUCCAUCCGCAAGCGAGGUGACGGGCGGAAAUACCCAGAGCUGGUGCUGGACAAAGAACUUGAUCGCGAGGAGCAAGCUGAGUUCAGAUUAACUCUGACAGCGCUGGAUGGCGGGUCUCCGCCCAGGACUGGCACCUCACAAAUCCGUAUUGUUGUCAUGGAUACCAAUGACAACGCCCCAGAAUUUUCACAGGCGUUCUAUCAGGUGCAAGUCCCAGAGAACAGCCCAGUGGGUUCCGUGGUUGCUAAGGUCUCGGCUAAGGAUUUGGAUAGUGGGACAAACGGGGAGGUCUCAUACUCUCUUUUUCAAAGUUCUCAAGAGAUGAGCAAAACAUUUGCGCUAAACGCCCUGUCAGGAGAAGUUCGGCUGGUUAAAACACUAGACUUUGAGACAACCUCUUCAUACGAAGUAGAUAUAGAGGCAUCCGAUGGCGGAGGGCUUUCUGGGAAAUGCUCUGUUUCUAUUCAGGUGGUGGAUGUCAACGAUAAUUACCCGGAACUAACUAUAUCAUCGCUCACCAGCCCCAUCCCAGAAAAUUCACCAGAGACAGAAGUGGCUCUGUUUCGGGUUCGGGACCGAGACUCUGGGGAAAAUGGAAGAACAGUUUGUUCAAUCCAGCAUGGUGUUCCCUUUACGCUGGAACCUUCCGUUGAGAACUUCUAUAGACUUAUGACAGAAGGAGCACUGGACAGAGAAAGCAAAGAUGAGUACAACAUCACCGUCACAGUCAGCGACAUGGGCACACCUAGGCUCACAACUCAGCACACCAUAACAGUGCAGGUGUCAGACAUCAACGACAACGCCCCUGCCUUCACUCAAACCUCUUACACCCUGUCUGUCCGCGAGAACAACAGCCCCGCCCUGCACAUAGGCACCAUCAGCGCCACAGACUCAGACUCUGGCUCCAAUGCCCACAUCACCUACUCACUGAUGCCACCCUACGACCAACAGCUGGCCCUUGCCUCACUCAUCUCCAUCAAUGCAGAAAACGGGCAGCUGUUCGCGCUCAGGGCGCUGGACUAUGAGGCCCUGCAGGCCUUCGAAUUCCGAGUGGGCGCCACAGACCAAGGCUCACCUGCACUCAGCAGCCAGGCGCUGGUGCGCGUGCUGGUUCUGGACGACAACGACAAUGAGCCCUUCGUGCUCUACCCGCUGCAGAACGCCUCUGCGCCCUGCACAGAGCUGCUGCCUAGAGUGGCAGAACCUGGCUACCUGAUCACCAAGGUGGUGGCAGUGGACCGCGACUCUGGCCAAAAUGCCUGGCUGUCUUUCCAGCUGCUCAAGACCACGGAGCCUGGGCUGUUCAGCGUGUGGGCUCACAAUGGCGAGGUGCGCACCACCAGGCUGCUGAGUGAGCGCGAUGCAACCAAGCACAGGCUGCUGCUGCUGGUCAAGGACAAUGGUGAGCCCCAGCGCUCUACCAGCGUCACUCUGCAUGUGCUGGUGGUGGAUGGCUUCUCCCAGCCCUACCUGCCUCUGCCAGAGGUGGCGCGCGAUACCGCACAAGGUGAUGAAGAUGAGCUCACGCUGUACCUGGUUAUUGCCUUGGCAUCUGUGUCUUCACUGUUCCUCUUGUCUGUGCUGCUGUUCGUAGGGGUGAGGCUGUGCAGGAGGGCCAGGGCAGCUUCUCUCGGUGUCUGCUCUGUGCCUGACGGACACUUUCCUGCCCACCUGGUGGACGUUAGCAAUGCAGGAACCUUGUCCCAGAGCUACCAGUAUGAGGUGUGUCUGACAGGAGACUCUCAGAGUAAUGAGUUCAAGUUCUUGAAGCCAGUGUUUUCUAGUAUUCUAGACCAAAACACUGGUGGGCAACCAGGAGAUAAUCCGUCCUUCCCAAGUAUUUUCGGCAUGUGAAACUUCACAUUUUACUCGCUGUAUAAUUCUGUUCCUUUUGCUUUUGCAUUUUUAAAAAUUUGGUAAUAAUAUUUAUUGUGGUCUUUUUCCUUUUUUCCUACUAGUUUAAAAAGUGUUGUUUGUUGGUUUGCUUACUGUAUAAGCAUUUUUGCAAUUCUGUUACUGAACAUUUUACAUCAGUUACUUCAUGUUCCUGAUUGAAUUAGCAGUAGUCUUUCCUAAAGAAUGUGCAUUUCUUCUAAUGAACACAGUUGUAAUUUUAAAAGUAUAUAUCCUCACUUAGGGAAAUAGAUUAGUUUAUACACUGUUUGUGUAGUUUGUUGGAGGCUUUAGAUUGAAUCCUUCUGUAAUUCCAGCACUUGGAGGUGAAGGCAAGGUAUAAGGAAUUCAAGGUCAC